CUGGCUAUUUGUAGCUUCGAUUUGCUACAACCAUCCACGUUCCACAAUCAUCAACACGCUGUGAAGCAAGCUAGAAGACUUGUCGUCGUCGUCGUCGGUCGAAGAGAGCCCAAACCAAAGUAGGAUGGAGACAGGCUUGGCGCAGUCCGCCUCGGCGCCUGUCGUUGCCGCUGCCGACGCGUCGGUCGUGCCGUCUGCAACCGCCACGCUGCAUGUGCCGCUGUCACUCGCGCCCAUCGCGACGGGGGUGGGCAGCACGGCGUCGACUGCGUCGUUCGCGUCGACCAACUCAUCGCCACCGGCAUCGCCAACGGGAGGCAUUUCGGACAAGCGCCGCUAUUCGAGCAACAGCUCGUCCAACAAGCUUGGGCAUCGCAAGGUUGUCGACGGCGAGGUUGUCUACAAGAAGACCCCGUCGUCAGACCUCAUGCAAGGCAUCCAGCUCGGCAUUCGGCACUCGGUCGGCAGCAUCACGCCCAAGCAGUCGCGGGAUCUCCUGAUGAUUGAUUUUGAAGAGCACGAGAUUGUCGACUUUCCGAGCGAGGGCGGCACUUACACGCCCGCGCACUCUAGCAACUCUUUUCGCUUCAAGUCGUACGCCCCUCGCGCUUUCCGGCACUUCCGUGAAGCCUUUGGGAUUAAGGCUGAAGACUUUAUGCUCUCCUUGUGUAAUGAGCCGCUGCGCGAGCUCUCCAACCCGGGUGCCAGCGGUUCCCUCUUUUACAUGUCGCACAACGAUCACUUUAUUAUCAAAACUGUCCAGCGGCGGGAAGCCCUGUUCUUGCGGCAGCUGCUUCCGGGUUAUUACAUGAAUCUGACGCAAAACAAAAAGACUUUGCUGCCUAAAUUUUUCGGCCUGUAUUGCUACAAGAGCGCGCUUGGUUUUAAUAUCCGCUUUGUUGUCAUGAACAAUUUGCUUCCGUCCAUUUUCCGAUACCACGAGCGUUAUGAUCUGAAGGGCUCAACACACGCGCGCAUGGCGUCCCAGAAGGAAUGCAUGAAGAGCGACCCUACUUUCAAGGAUUUGGACUUUAUGAACAAGCAUCCAGAAGGCAUUUACCUGCCUCCAAGUACUUACGAGGCUUUGAUGCGUGCAAUGCAACGCGAUUGUUUGGUGCUGCGAAGUUUUAAAAUCAUGGACUACAGUCUGCUUGUGGGCUUGCACAAACUGGAUGAGACCGAGUUGCAGCGAAACAGCAUGGACUCUCAAACCAGCAUGCCCGACGUCACGCCGCCUCCAACGCACGCCAACUCGUUCGACUUGAUGUCUUCGCCCGACAAGCCGCAAUCCUUCUUCUCGUCACCGCGCGCUAGCGCCUCUGUCAGCAAGGAAGAGAAGAACGAGUCCCUCCGGCGUGCUGUCCUCUACAAGAAGUUGUCUGAAAUUGCAGCUGUGACCGGCACUCCAUUAAACGUGCUCAACAAAAAGUUUCAGAAGCAGGUCAGCUAUGUUGCUGACAUUUCUGAAACGCUGGAUCUCGAUCCAGAACUAGAGACGUAUGCGGGUGGUAUGCUCGCCUACACGGACAAGAAGGAGCGGUGUAUCAUCUUCCUGGGUAUUAUUGAUAUUUUGCAGCAAUACCAGCUCAAAAAACGCCUCGAACAUUCAUUCAAGGCGUUGCUGUAUGAUGGGGAGGCCGUGUCGGUGACCAAUCCCAGCUUUUAUGCCGCUCGAUUCCAAGAUUUCUUUGCCAAACGCGUUUUCAAGGUCAUGGGCAUGGAAAUGCUGAAAGAGCUCAUGCCUGCAAUUGCCGUCUCGAUCGAAGAUCCGGCAAAGCGCCACAGCACGGCCUCGGACGAAGGCACCCUUGCUGUCGUCCCCGGUGCUGGCGUCGGGGGCAGCUCCAGCGCCCGUUCCGCGUCUCCUGCUCGCGGCAAGGGCAUGGCUCGGCAAUCGUCGCAGCAGCAUGACGAGCCGACCACGCCCAGGCCAUCAGCUCGUAGCUCCGAGUCUUCGCGCAUUCGCUCGGGCUCGGUAACCAGCUCCUCGCUUCUCGUCCAAAUAACCCCCAAAGAAUCCUCGGCCGGCACUACCAAGGACGCGCCCUCCAAGAAGGACGACAAGCCCGAACCAAACGGCUCGCCAUCAUCGACAACCUCCGGCGUCCCGCUCGCUGCCCCGGCGUCCAACGAUUCGAUUAAAAUGGCUGCGGCCCAUUCCGAGCAGCAAGCCGAGGAAGCCGGCUCGGCGAGCAACAACCAAACUUCGAUCGUGACCCCGCCCACGCCGGUCGCUGGCAACGCUGCUCCUUUGCCUGAGACCACGUCGGCCCCCGAGGCACCGACCAGCGGCGACACAGGCGACGCUGAGAACACGGCAGUGUAAAAAUUCCUGCUCGUGUCAUUUCUCGUUGUUUUUGAUCUUUGAUAAUCCUUUGUUUUCAUCAUUCAUCACUUGUCAAUGCGUGUGGGUUCUGUGUGUGUGUGUCUGUGUGAUUGUUUAUGCGAGAGUGUCCGUGUCUGCGUGUUUGUGUUUGUGUGUGUGUGUGUGUGUGUGUGCCUGAGUGUGUCAAUUUACAUCAAUGUUCCAUUCG